AUGGAAUCUUCUUCCAAAAUUCCGACUGUUUCUGCUGAAAUGGCACAAUCUAUAACAACGUCAAAAAACCAAGUCAAUCGAGCUAUUGCUAAGGAAACUAUCGGUGCUAUUCCUGGUUUUCUUAUUGGUGGAGCGGCAGCAUGUGCAGCGGUUACUUUUACCAAUCCCUGGGAGGUUGUAAAAACACGACUCCAACUUCAGGGAGAGUUAGCCCGUAAUAAUUCGAAUUAUGUAAAACCAUACAAAAAUAUUUUUCAAACCUUUUACAUAAUCUUAAAAAAUGAAGGAAUUCGUGGAGUUCAAAAAGGAUUAG